AUGGCUGGGGUCUUUGCCGAGUUCUUCGGGCUGAGCAAGGGCUGUUGCAGCAGCCCCGGAAACUCCGAUGCUGACACGGUCCUCGUCGUGGACACUGCGGCUCUGGCCGAGGAGGUGGAGGAUGUGAAGACGUUUCCGUCUUCAAAGUUGGAAGACGGCAAAACGCCAACGACCACCUGUGGCCUUAGCUUCGGUGAUCCCUCGCCUUCCAGCUGGGGAGCAUCACCAACCUCUCCGGGCGAUGAGGACUUCGGCUUUUCCAAGACCGGAUCCGCACUGGCGGAAGGUGCUUCAGCAGAGUUCGAGGCUCAGCAGCUGCCCGAGCUUCCAGACAAGGCUCCACUCGAGGAGGAUCAGAUUGUCGUGUCUGGCCUCAAGGCACGCAUGCAGAAGGCCAGAGGAAACCUCGAUGCCCUGCGAGAGCGAGUGCAGGUGGAGAUCCUGCAAGGUCGUCCUCCAAGCAGCCCUGCGGAAGAACGAGAACUGGGGUUUUAUUCCACCUCUACGCUGAUGCGUUACUUGUGCAUGCAAGACGGUGACGUCAACAAGGCGUUCAAGGCGAUGAGAGACACCAUGGAGUGGCGGAAAAAGACCUUCAUUCCUGCUCUCUUUCCUCAGGGUUGCUCCUUGCCUUGCUGUCGGGCUUGCGCGAGAGAUCCACUGUCCCACUGCUUUCUUUGCGUGGGCAAAGACGUUCUCGGGCGCCAUUGCCGGCUGCAGAGCUGGAGUCUUCUGGAGCACACUGUGUCCUACACGCUGGCGAGAGCUGAUCCAGAUUGGCUUGGAUCAAGUGCCUUCGUGCACAUGAGCCUCGCUGCAGUCUUGGUUUGGGGAUUCGCAAGCAUAGCUGGGUCCGGGGGUCUGACAGACUGGAUCCGCGAUCUGGGAGGCUUCGUUUCCAGGAAAGUGAAGCUAAAAGCAGAUGGUCACGGGGGGCGUGGCUUGUUUGUUACGGCUGAUGUCGAUGAAGCUGAGACGCUUGUUUCUGUGCCACUACAAGCGAUGGUCUUGGGAGAGCAAGCCACGAAUGCGACACCGUGUGCGGGCGCGAUUCGGCGAUUCUUCGACCAGAGCCCAAGCCAGGCGGACCGGGGCCGGACUCAUGCCCUGUUCAGCAUGAUGGUCUUGCUGCUGUCCAUUUCUGACGGAGAUGGCCGAGCCGAAUGGCCGCAUUUGGAUGACCUGCUAAACCACUGGAGCAAGGGACAACAACAGCGAUUUCCUUUGCUUUGGCCAAACUGGGCACUUCGGGAGAUUGAGGGAACCACUGCAUCACUUGUGUACGCCAUUGCCAGAGGAGGAGUUGAGCGGGAGUACUCGGAGCUUUUGCAGCAGACCUGCCCAGAGAUCGCAGGUAAGUUUAAUCUCCGGGCAUAUAAGAAGGUCUGGGCCCUUGUGAACUCUCGCGUCCUGACCUACCCCGGCAGCUCAUUCGCACAGCCUCAGCCUGCCCUGGUCCCACUCUUCGAUUUGGUGAACCACCGGCUGCCGGUGCCUGUCGUGCCCUUGCUCUCUCUGCCCGAGAUUCAGAGCCACCAGGCCAAGUCCCUUGGCCGCUUCGGAACGGAGCCAGAGAACGGCCACCUGCAGCUCUUCUUGAGGCGUCCACUGCGAGAGCUGCGAGAGGCUACCGAGGUGACGGACGUCUAUGGGCUCCAGAGCAACGAGGAGUCGCUUUGGACUUUCGGGUUUACGGUCCCCUGGAUUCACAACCUUACGUGCUUGACGCGAUCGCGCCUGACCCUAAGGCCAGAGGAUUUGCCCUACGUCUCACUCAGUCGGCCAGGCUUCGGCUGGGCUUUGUCCUCGUCGGAUUUGCUUCGGGCCCUCGAGCCGCAUCUCAGCUUCAUCGUGGGAGGCUGCGCUGCGCAGAUCGGGCCGAGCGGGGAGAGCGGGGAGAGGGCGUCCGAAUGGGGGGGAUCCCUUCAGCCCCUCUUGGCCUUCCUUCGAGCGUGGAUCGCCUCAACGCAGGCUGAGUCUUUUGCGGAUCUCAGGCAGGCCUGUGCUUUGACCGUUCCCCGGCCACUGCAGCCUGUCCUUCGCCUGCCUGACAUACCUGGUCUUUUUCAGGAGACUUGGUCCAUGGGCCCUUGCAGGUACUUGAACCCCGACGACGAGCGGCUCCUCUUAGAUUUUCUGCUCGGGGUCCUGGAGGAGAAACGCUCUGAGAUGGCUGGCGGAUCAUUGCUGGACGAGGAGCGGCUGUUGCAAAGAAAAGGAAAAGCUGGAGUUUGGCAAGAUGCGGUGGUUCUCCGUCGGGAUGAGAAGUUCCUUCUGCAAGAGCUGACGGACUGGCUGUCUCGGGAAAGGAGGCAGCUUCAGCCUGAGCGCCGCAAGCGGGUAAUCUACUCCUGCACAGGGCGCGCAGCCAACAAGACGCCCGAGGACGGCAUCGAGCACAUGGCCACGGAGCUGGAAAGGCUCUUCAAAAACUCCACCAUUCCCGGCUCCGUUGCUUGGAUCGUGGACUUUGCGGGCUUCGGGUUUGCAGAUUGCAAUCCGAAAAUUGGUGCCCUUGCCUUCCCUAUGUUCGCCAGCCAUUACCCAGAAAGAUUUGGGCAGAUUGUGUGUCUGAGUCUCCCCUAUGCCUUCUAUCCGAUCUACGCCGCUGGCAGCAAGAUCUUCGACAAGGAGACAAUGGCCAAGGUGAAGAUCCUCAAAGGGGACAAGGAUUGGAAAAGAUACGGCGAUGCCUACUGGAGCCAUGAUCCAGGGAUGAGGAGGUGGCUGGAUGCGGCCGUGAAGUGCAAAGGAGUGCCCGGUGGCUUCCCAGACGCGCAGUUUACCCAAGACUUGCAGCCCCGGGCCCAAGCGGCGGACGGAAGCCACAGAAGCUUCAAUCAGGCAGAAACCGCCCAGGGAUUCUGGAACGGUGCGCCGCCCUGUCGGAAAAGCACUGAUCAGGAGAAGCCGGUCUCUUCAAGCCGCAGCCAGAGUGAUGUCAGCCUUUCCAAGCCCGAAGAGCUCAUCUUCGUGAGCAUAGUGUGGAGUGUGAUCUUCGUGUUGGAAAGGAGUGUCCUUUUCAUGCUCCGGGCUGCGAGCUGCUUGUCCAAGCCAUAUCUGGGCCGGUCCACCCAUGUUUCGUCUUUCAAUUGGCGGAAGGUGCGCUUUCAGCGGCCCAGGUACUGCAGCUUCACGGUGCACUUCAUCAAAGACGAGGGCGGGAGUGUCGCCGUGAAAGCCAAGAGUGGCCAAACGCUGCUCCAGGUCGCGCACGACCACGACAUUGACAUUGAGGGUGCCUGUGGCGGAGAAUGCGCAUGCAGCACUUGCCAUAUCAUUCUGGAGAAGGAGCAGUUCGACAAACUGCCACCGCCGGAUGAUGACGAGACGCUUCGGACCGGCCCUAACCCCUCGACUUCGGACAUGCACUGUUCCGUUUGUGUCGUGUCGAUGUUGCUGGCCAUGGCGACAGACCAAACGACGCCGCGGAUUGCAAUCUUCAAUAUGGAGAUUGUCGGCACUGUCAAUCCGGUGCUCCCUGUGAUUGCCGAGCUUGCGAAACGGGGCUGCGACGUUCGUUACUAUUUGACGAAGGACACGUAUGUCGCGGACGUCAAGGGUGCUGGCGCUUCGCCAGUCAAGUUUGACGAAUACUUUCUCCGCUGGGAUGCGCUGAUGGAGGAGGAGGCCGGCUGGUUUCAGGCACAUGGCUGCGGGAAGGGCUUGGCAGCGCUGACGGCGGACGGCAUGGAAAAGGAAUUCCUCGCGUUCCGGUGGUUGCACUUCGCGUUGCCCACAGGUGUCGUCCUGGGCAGGCGUCUGGCGGAUCUCUGGAGCAAAGAGGGAAGCUGGCGCCCAGACCUGGUCCUGUACAAUGUGAUGCUGCUGCACCCUUAUCUUGCUGCUUGCAAGAUCGGGGUUCCUGGUGUGUCCUUCUCGACGUACCCGGGUCCUGGAACCCCCAUGCACCUCUACGAGAUCCCGGAAGAAGACCGCCAGGCAGUCGACGAGAACUUGGCGAAGCAUCCAGGCAUGCAGGAGGUCAACCAAGUUGCCCUGCGACUGUUCGGUGUGGAUGUGUGUGCAUCACAGCUGCAAUGCCGAUUUUACAGUCGCCAGCUGAACAUCAUGUUUUCUGUGCCGCAACUCCAGGGUAAGGUGCCGAUGUAUCAGCAGGCCUUGCUGGAUGACUCCACUUUCCUCUGGGUUGGUGCCGUCGACGACAUGAAAGCCUCUGCGAAUCGUGCGUCCGCACCCAACGAGGACCGAUGCUCAUCAGCGACUAAAGCUGCGUGGCAUGCUCCUCCUGGUGUCAAGGUGGUCGUCGUGUCUUUGGGCAGCUUGACCGUAGACAUGCGCUGGGAGAGCGCCGAGCACGUGUCCUCGCUGGGGAGAUUUACAGGACGUGAGGUGAGCGAUCGCCUCUGGAGCGAAUUGAUUGAGACCUUCAAAGACCGACCGGAUCUCCGCGUGGUGAUGAGCAUCGGGCCACGUGCAGAUGCUCGGAACAUGCUUGGGGAAUUGCCGUCGAACUUCGUUGCCGAAGAGUACAUCGACCAAGUUCAAGCUUUGAGGCAUGCGGACGUUUUCGUCACGCAUGGGGGCUGCAACAGCAUCAAAGAGGCUGCCGUUGUGGGAGUUCCGAUGGUCGUGGUGCCUUUCUGUGUGGACCAGCCCUCGAAUGGAUUUGCCAUUGAGAGGGCCGGAGCUGGCAAGUGCUUUCCGGAUCCUUUGGCCACUCCGCGAGGAGCCAUCGCAGACGCGGUGAUGGCAGCGUUGGGGAGCGAGGCGGAGGAGCAGCGCCGCUGCAGUCACUUGCUCGGCGAGGCUUUGCGGAAGGCGGGCGGCGCCCCGGCCGUCGCCAAGGCAUGCUUGAACCUUCUUCGUCCUGCGUCAGCCGACAUGCUCGACUUGGCGCAGGACGUGACCGACACCUCUCGCUUAGGCUGCCAGGUAUUCCUGGACAAAGAGCGGGAUGAUGGUGCUCUCGCGGUCGUGAGUUUGAUCCUCGGACACAGUGGCAGGUGCAAGGUCAGCUUGAGGCCUUUCUGCCCCGGUGUCCAGACGACAGGCUGGGCGGAGGAGGAACUGGUACAGAACGCUUGGAAGGAGCUUUGCGCGCAGGAGCUUGGCAUUCCGGCUGAGUUGCUGUGCCCCGCGGGCUCGGGACCUCGAUUGCAAGGUGCGCAGAGUUCUUCAAGCCCGCGGUGGUGCUGGAAGCGUGCCUUCUACGACUUGGACAUUGCCCCAGGUAAGAAUGCUCUUCGGAGCUCGAGCGAGGACUAUCAGUUCUUGCCAAGUCUUUACGGCGAGUCGGCAUCGGCACCGGAGGGAGUGCAGUUCCUCCAAGAUGCCGAUGGGAGGGUGGUGCGGUGCCACCUGCGCCCGGGCUUCAUCGGACGAGAUCGCUGCGUCGUGGCUCAGCUGCCGCUGCCUGCGGUCCCUUCAGCCACCGUCCUGCCGUACACCUGCGAACAAACAGAUGGGUGCCACUGGAGAGUCGCCUACCGCAGUGCUUCGUACUACGAGGUUACGGUGGGCGGUGCUGGCGCAGUUGGUGCCUGCGGCCGCGGGAGGGACCGGGAGGAAGCCGUUCUGCACUGCAUCUCAGUGGGGCUCUGCACGCCGCGCUUCUCGCGCUACGCUGUUGCCAAGCAGCAGGCAGGCUGGGAUGGAGAAUCCUGGGGCCUCCACAGCGACGACGGCCAGCUGUUCCACGCGUCUAAUCGAGGUUACCAGUUCGCAGACGCGAAGGUGGCAGGGCCAUUGACCUUCGGGGCAACAGGAGACGUAAUUGGCUGCGGGAUCUGUCAACUUCCCGCCUCCUUUGGCGACGGCGAGGCAUCACACGUCACAGGAGGGCUGCGGCUUCUGGCGCAAGCAAAGCGCAAGAUCUUCUACACUCUGAACGGUGCCUUCUUAGGCGGGACUGCUGAUGCCUUGUUUUGCUUUGAGGUCUCGGGCGAGACGAUUUUCGUUUGCACGGCCUCUCUGUUGGUUGACCGGUCAGCUUGUAGGUCUCAGUUCGCACUGUGGCUUGUGGCCGGUUUUUCUUAG